AUGAGGUCCGCCAUUGCCCUGGCCGCGCUGGUCGGUCUAAGUGCCGCCGCCGACUGUCCGGCAUACGAGCAGUACGCCCGCGAGCGCCACGAGCCAUUCUCGGGCGGCAAGUACAAGUUCCCGUCCCAGCGUCCCUCAAAAGAAUGCCGCUCCUUCGUGGUGCCCGAGGUCGAGCGCGUCAUCACCGACAUGAAGGACAAGGUGCAUGACCCGGACCUGUACCAGCUCUUCCUCAACACUUGGCCCAACACGGUGGACACGACGGUGCUGUGGCAAGGCAAGUCGGCCGACAACGCAGAGGAAGAGCUCGCCUUUGUCAUUACCGGUGAUAUCAACGCCAUGUGGCUGCGCGACAGCGCCAACCAGCUGCAGUCGUACAAGCCCAUUCUCAACGACACGGGCGCCGUCACCAACGACAUGGGCGCCGUCGCCAACGACACCAACACUGUCGCGGCGCUCUUCCGCGGCGCCAUCAACCUGCAGGCGCGCUAUCUGCGCAAGAACCCCUACUGCAACGCCUUCCAGCCGCCCGCCGAGUCCAAGAUCCCGCCCGUGAACCACGGCAAGCGCGCGGCGCCGGCAGCAGGCAACAACCGCGCCUUACCCGGCCAGGACACGGUCUCGCCGCCGUACGACCCCGCCGAGGUCUGGGAGUGCAAGUACGAGCUCGACUCCCUCGGCGCCUUUCUGCAGCUGUCGCACGACUACUACGAGGCGACGGGUGACGUCGCCUUCUUCGGGCGGUUCUCCUGGCGCGAGACGGUGCGCGUGUUGCUCGACACGGCCCAUGGUCUCACGGUCGGCACGUACGACGCCGAGGGCCGCGUGCGCCAGUCGCCCUACACGUGGCUGCGCGAGGCCAACACGGCGACCGAGGUGGUGGCCAACCGCGGCGCGGGAAGCCCCGUGGCCGACGGCAUCGGCAUGAUCCGGAGCUUCUUCCGGCCGUCGGACGACUCGACCAUCUAUCAGUACUUCGUACCGGCCAACAUGAUGUUCGCGCAGGGGCUGCGCAACUGCGCCGUCAUCAUGGAGAGCGUGGACGCGGCGCUCGCAAGGGAGAUGGGGGCCAUGGCGGCGAGCAUCAGAAAGGCGAUUGACGAGUAUGGUGUGGUCAAGCACCCCAAGUAUGGCGAGAUUUACGCGUACGAGGUCGACGGCUUCGGGUCCGUCAACUUCAUGGACGAUGCCAACAUCCCUUCCCUGCUCAGCAUCCCGCAUCUCGGGUAUGACAACGCUGGUAGCGCCGUCUACAAGCGCACGCGCGACUUUGUUCUCAGUCGCUCCAACCCAUACUUCAACACGGGGCCGGUCAUCAACUCGACCGGCGGCCCGCACUUGGGGCCCGGAAAGGCCUGGCCGAUGGGCGUCAUCAUGCGCAUCAUGACGAGCGACGAGGACGAUGAGAUCAUUCAUGGUCUUGAGACGCUCCUUGGUUCGACCAGUGGCCUAGGCUUGAUUCAUGAGUCGGUUAAUACAUUUGAUGAUUCGAACUGGAGCCGUUCGUGGUUUGCAUGGGCCAACGGCCUGUUUGGGCAGAUGCUCAUUGAUCUUUCGAGCAGGAAGCCCAAGAUUCUGGAGCGAAGCUUCCAAGGCUGA